AUGAUUUCUUUGUCUUCAAAAUCAUUUUUACUGAAUACUACUCUUCGAACCUCAACGACGAUAUUACCCGUUUUCCCUAGAAUUUUGACAAAUUUGCUUCUAUCUAACUCUAAAAGAUUUAUAUCGUAUUCGACCGGAAAUGGCAAUUUGCCGGAUAUUGAUCACAAGAAUAUUCGCAUCGAACGCUCAAAAAACUUGAAACCGCCUCUUCCCUAUAAAGAUUUAGUGUUUGGUCGUUCCUUCACAGACCAUAUGCUCAGCAUUGAAUGGGAGGGAACAAUUGGCUGGUCGAACCCUUUAAUCAAGCCAUACGGUCCACUUUCCCUCGAUCCUAGUUCAGUUGUAUUGCAUUAUUCUUUUGAAUGUUUCGAAGGAAUGAAAGCUUAUAAGGAUAAACAAGGAAAGAUAAGAUUAUUUAGACCGGAUAUGAAUAUGAAGAGAUUCGUCAAAUCUGCCAACAGAAUAGCACUACCGACUUUUAAUGGCGAAGAAUUGGGUGAAUGCAUCAAGGAACUCAUCCGUGUUGAAGAAAAUUGGAUUCCUCAAGAGCGUGGAUAUUCAUUGUAUAUUCGUCCCACACUUAUUGGGACACAGGCAUUCCUCGGCGUGGGACCAACAUCAAAUGCUCUUCUCUUUGUAAUCUGUUGUCCUGUGGGACCAUAUUAUAAAACUGGUUUUAACGCUGUUAAAUUAUUGGCUACCACAGAAAAUGUCAGAGCUUGGCCUGGUGGUACAGGUGACGCUAAAAUUGGUGGAAAUUAUUCUCCUUGUGUGAAACCACAGAUUGAGGCAGCCGCUAAAGGUUAUCAACAGAAUUUAUGGUUAUUCGGUGAAGAUGAUGAGGUUACAGAAGUAGGAACAAUGAAUUGCUUUGUCUAUCUGAAAAAUGAACAUGGCGAAACCGAAUUGGUUACCCCGCCACUCGAUGGUACCAUACUUGCUGGCGUGACGCGUGAUUCCAUAUUAAGUCUCGCUCGAUCAUGGAACGAGUAUAAAGUGUCUGAGCGCAAGAUAACAAUGCAUGAAAUUAUAAAAGCGUCCGAGGAAGGUCGUUUACUUGAAAUGUUUGGAGCAGGCACUGCAUGUAUCGUGAGCCCCAUUAAGGAAAUUCGAUAUCGAAAUCUCGAUAUCAAGGUGCCUUUAGAUCCUAAAGAUCCAUCAAACAAUGCUGGCCCUAUCACUAAAAAAUUUGCGGAUGUCUUGAUGGGUAUUCAAUAUGGGGAGAUAUCACAUGAAUGGUCUGUUAUUGUGGACAAGUGA